CAUUGUCUCUGACGCGACUAUGAAAACGUGUUUUGAAGACUGUCCCAGCAUUUCUAAUUUGUAAUCUGUAAAUGUCAACAACAACAAAAAGCCGCAAUCAUUCUGGCAUUCGCUCCGCGCAUCAUUGUUUGAAGAUGCUGACGUUCGUCCACAGGACAGUUUACUGAUCUGUAAAUAAAACAUUAAGUGAACAAGUCAGCAAAGUGAUAGUGUAAUAUCUUCAUUAUUGUAAGUUGCUUUCAGACUAGUUUUUUAUUAGAGGAAGGAGAGCUUCAUCAUCAUCAGCAGAGAGAGAAGAGGGGUGUCUAGAGUUGCAUCAUCAUUUCUGAUUGCCGGUAGAGUGGAUCGGGACGCAGCACCGCGGGAUAAGGGGAGCGGAGCGGUGUCCGUGUCCAUACCGAGACUACUGGACGACAGCAUGGCCGCUGGGAAGACAACGAGCAAACCAUCUCUCUGGCAGAACGAACGGGUCCGAUUCAUCAUCUGCUUCAUCGGGGUGUUCGUGUGUUACUUUUACUAUGGAAUACUACAGGAGACAAUCACGCGAGGGGACUACAGUCACACAGGGAAGAAGGAGAAGUUUCGUUACGCCACCACACUGGUCUUCAUCCAGUGCAUCAUCAAUGCUGCUUUUGCCAGAAUCUUAAUUCAGUUUUUUGAGGGCUCAAAGCUGGACCGCACUAAAAGCUGGAUUUAUGGCAUGUGUUCUUUGUCUUACCUGGGUGCCAUGGUCUCCAGUAAUUCAUCCCUGCAGUAUGUCAACUACCCAACACAGGUGUUGGGAAAAUCCUGUAAACCGAUUCCAGUAAUGAUUCUUGGUGUCACAAUCCUGAGGAAGAAAUAUCCCAUGGCGAAAUAUCUGUGUGUGUUUCUGAUCGUCACUGGGGUUGCCCUCUUUCUCUACAAACCUAACAAAGGCUCCACCACAUCAGAUGAACACACAUAUGGCUUUGGGGAGAUGCUGCUGCUGGUCUCAUUGACUCUGGAUGGGCUGACAGGUGUAGCUCAAGAUCACAUGAGGGCACGGUACCAGACGGGAGCCAAUCACAUGAUGCUGAAUGUCAACCUGUGGUCCACACUGGUCCUAGGAAUUGUUGUGCUGUGGACAGGUGAGGUGUGGGAGUUUUUGGCAUUUGCUGAUCGCUAUCCUGUCAUCAUCUAUAAUAUCCUCCUGUUCGUACUGACUAGCGCUCUUGGACAGACUUUCAUCUUCAUGACAGUGGUGUAUUUUGGACCGCUCACCUGUUCUAUCAUCACAACGACACGGAAGUUCUUCACUAUCUUGGGUUCAGUUCUACUGUUUGGGAAUGUCAUCAGCACUAUGCAGUGGUUUGGCACUGUCCUCGUCUUCCUUGGCCUUGGACUGGAUGCCAGAUUUGGAAAACCUCCUAUGAAGACGACACACUAAAGACUGGAACUGUGUGUGUGGCUGCAUGUGGACUCAGACAAACGUAGAAGUUUGUUUUCUCAACAUUUUACCACACUGAUUCCAUCAGUGGUUUGCAUUUUUAGCACUCAAAUUAUUGUUAUUAUGCUGAUGUUCUGAACAUUUAAUUACGGGAAAUAUUUGCUCAUUAUCUCUCAAAAUGGUAUCUAUGGUAACGGAGGGAUAUUGCAGACUACAGCGUGCUUAAUCAUCAUCAUCUGUCACGCUUAUUGAGAAGAAGAAAAAAUUGAAUUCAAAAGAUAAAGUCUGGAUAAAGAAAGCACACGGCUGAUUGUACCUCCUGGAAAACUCCCUCCAGGAAGGCAAGCACUGAAUUUGUAACAACCCAGAUUCUUACUUUUGACACAUUUAUACACGUCGCCAUGCCUUCCAGUCAUUGCUGAAUUAAGACAUGUGGAUUCUGCAUUAAUGUUAGUCUUAAUUUAGGCAGUGAAUUCUGUUUAGCGUCUUGUUGCUGUCAGUGCAUUCCCUAGGAAAUGUGUGCAUGUGUGUGGUGUGGAUGAAAUACUCAAACAUCAUUUACAUGCAGUGGGAGGAUGUUUGUCUCAUUACACAGGCAUACCUGUUUAGAUUAACUCUUUAAUACUAGACAUGAAUUAUUUUCAUACCAGGUGUCAUAUUUAUAUUCAAAUCACAAGUGAUGCAUCUCAUUUUUUUUUGUUUGAGGUCCGAAAGAAAGCAAACGUUUAGAAAGUUGAAAGUUUUAUUUUUUUUUUUUUACAAAGAAGAACAAAAAUAUCUUCGUUAUACUGUAUCCUUAUGUCAGAAUUUAUUUAGAAGAUUAUUACUCUGCGUCUCUAUGGAGGGAUCCAUUUAGAAUAAUAACAGGUAUUUAAAUAAAAGGGAAACUCAGUCAGGUCGCUAGAAGAUGUCGUUGAAAGGGAACAUCUGCCAAAACCUCUGUUCAUCUCUGCCAGCGUCAUGCUUGCACUCUGUUUAGGAAGAGAAAAACAUCCAAAUUACAUGAAACACACCCUGGACAUGAAUGGAUUUGUGGUUUGCACAUUUUAAUCACAAUUUUCAGACUGUUUGGGUCAUUCCUCUUAUGCAGUACCUUAUUUUGAGCUCUGUAAUUUUCAGAAAAUGAAUAUGUCUGUGAUAUCAUUUAAGUCUUUAAUUCAUUUCUUUAAAAUGGUAUGUGUUAUAUGCUUUGGUCAAGCUCAAUUAGUUAUAACUUGAUUGUUUACGCAAUAUCAAGAACAUUAACAGGAUGGAAACAAAGAGCUAGAGUGGCCAUUGUUUAGAGAGUUAUCUUAAAUGAGGGAGUCAACUUGAAGCUCAUUUUGAGAUUUCUUAACUACAUUAUGAGUGCAGUCAUAGAAACAAAAAACGUCUGAUGUCCCAGGACGUCAAUAGCUCUGACUAGAACCUCAGAGUUGCCAUUUUGUAAUUACAGUAAUUGUGCCAUGACGUGAACGCAGGAUUACUUUAAUGGAAAGUUGAACUAAGACUAUUCUUUCUAUCUAUUCAUGAUUAUUAUUAUUAUUUAUUUAUUUUUUUUGGAAUUAGUGUUAAACUUUCAGACAAGGCUGUCAAGCCAACAUUAAAAUGUGUCCUGACAAACUUUACUGUAUAAUACUGUAUGUAAUUUCAUGACCUAAUAUUAAUGGAUCGAAUGUAGAAUUUGUACAAUAAAAUAUACACUUUCUUUC